UCCCUCAGUCUCUUUCCCUCCCGCUCGCACACACGUACGUGCGUUAAAGACAGAUCCUGAUCACACUCUCUCACACACACACACACACACACACACACAUACACACCCUUUUCAAGUCUCCCUCACUUGACUCUCUGUGUGAGGUGCUUUCUGCUCCGAUGAUGUCGGGUUUUGUGGAUGGAUAUUGCUCCCUGUGGAGGAGAGCACGCUGAAACUUCCUUGUACCUCUCCUUCAUCUGUCAGGAACCUGCUGUUAACUGCUGUCAUUGUCCGUGGCUUUAAAUGUCGUCUGCCAUGGCAAAGCGUGAGGCUGGGAGCACCAGCCCUGUGGUGCGUCAGAUAGACAAGCAGUUUCUGGUCUGCAGCAUCUGUCUGGAUCACUACUGCAACCCCAAGGUCCUGCCCUGUCUGCACACCUUCUGUGAGAGUUGUCUCCAGAACUACAUUCCCCCAGAGUCUCUGACGCUCUCUUGUCCAGUGUGUCGGCAGACAUCCAUCCUGCCAGAGAAAGGAGUGUGCGCUCUACAGAACAACUUCUUCAUCACUAAUCUCAUGGAGGUCCUUCAACGAGACCCAGAGUGCUCGCGGCCAGAGGCCUGCAGUGUUCUGGAGUCAGUCAGUGCUGCAGCUGCAGGGAAGCCCCUCUGCUGCCCAAACCAUGAGGGAAAGGUGAUGGAGUUCUACUGCGAGUCGUGUGAGACAGCCAUGUGUCUGGACUGUACAGAGGGCGAGCACAGGGAGCAUGUGACUGUUCCUCUGCGGGAUGUCGUGGAACAGCACAAGGCUGCGCUGAAGACACAGCUGGAUGCCAUACUGAGCAGGCUGCCUCAGCUAACAGCAUCCAUCGAGCUGGUGAGCGAGAUCUCCCGCCAGCUGAAUGAAAGGAAGAAUGAGGCAGUGGCAGAGAUUACCAGUACGUUUGAAGAGCUGGAGCGGGCGCUGCAUCUGCGCAAGACGGCCCUCAUUACAGACCUGGAGAACAUCUGCAGCACUAAGCAGAAGGUCCUGCAGGCCCAGCUUACGGCUCUCCUUCAGGGGAAGGAACACAUACAGAGCAGUUGCAGCUUUACGGAGCAGGCGCUCAGCCAUGGGAGUGCUACUGAGGUGCUGCUGGUUCAGAAGCAGAUGAGUGAGCGGGUUACAGCGCUGGCUAGACAUGACUUCCCAGAGAGACCACAUCAGAAUGCACACCUGGAUUGUCAGGUGGAGACUGAAGGUCUGCGGCGCUCCAUCCAGAACCUGGGGGUUCUCCUCACCACAGCUGCUGUGGCUCACACCUCUGUCGCCACGGGAGAGGGCCUCCGACAUGCAGCGACUGGGCAGCACCAAACAGUUACCGUGACAACUAAAGACAAAGAUGGGGAGUUGGUGCGGACAGGAAAUGCUGUUUUAAAAGCAGAGAUAACAUCUGCUGACGGGAGCCGCAUUACAGAGGCGGAGAUAGCGGACAAUAAGAAUGGGACAUACGAGGUGGGCUACAUGUUACGCUCAGAGGGAGAUUACUCUUUCGCUCUGCUGCUGUACGGCCAGCCGAUACGGGGCAGCCCUUUCCGCCUGCGGGCAGUCAAGCCCUCAGACGUGCCACAAUCUCCAGAUGAUGUGAAGAGGAGGGUGAAGUCUCCCAGCGGGACAGGGGGCCACAUACGGCAGAAAGCAGUGCGUCGGCCCUCCAGUAUGUACAGCACAACCAAGAAAAAGGAGAACCCCAUCGAGGAUGAGCUCAUCUACAGAGUGGGUUCCCGGGGCAGAGAAAAAGGGGAGUUCACCAAUCUGCAGGGAAUCUCAGCCUCUUGUAACGGCAGAGUGGUCGUGGCUGACAGCAACAACCAGUGCAUACAGGUGUUCUCCAAUGAUGGGCAGUUCAAAAUGCGCUUUGGAGUUAGAGGUCGGUCUCCGGGGCAACUGCAGAGACCGACAGGCGUCACUGUGGACAUGAACGGCGACAUUGUUGUGGCCGACUAUGACAAUCGAUGGGUCAGCAUCUUCUCCUCUGACGGCAAGUUUAAGAAUAAGAUCGGAGCAGGCCGGCUCAUGGGUCCUAAGGGUGUAGCUGUGGACAAGAAUGGACACAUCAUCACCGUGGAUAACAAGGCCUGCUGUGUCUUCAUCUUUCAAUCCAAUGGGAAGUUGGUGACUAAGUUUGGAGGCAGGGGGACGUCUGACAGACAGUUUGCAGAAAAACUUGGCCCAAACUUUAAUAAAUCUGGCUCAGUGUUCAGCCCGCACUUUGUUGCAGUGAACAACAAGAAUGAAAUUAUUGUGACCGAUUUUCACAAUCACUCUGUAAAGGUGUACAGUGCAGAUGGAGAGUUCUUGUUCAAAUUUGGCUCUCAUGGUGAAGGCAAUGGCCAGUUUAAUGCUCCCACUGGUGUGGCUGUGGACGCCAAUGGAAACAUCAUUGUAGCUGACUGGGGAAACAGCAGAAUACAGGUGUUUGACAGCACAGGCUCCUUCUUAUCGUACAUCAACACGUCAGCAGACCCGCUGUACGGCCCCCAGGGCCUCGCCCUCACCUCAGAUGGACAUGUGGCUGUUGCCGACUCCGGCAACCACUGCUUCAAGGUUUACAGAUAUCUGCAGUAGUGCACAACCCCCGCUUUUAAACAAGCUAACGUCACAUACUGCUUUUUGACAUAGAGCUGCAACCGGCCUUCACACUUUACAGGGGCCACAUGUUCCACAAAUGAAUUUCCUUUUUAUUGUAUAUGCUUUAGAUCUAAUAUUCAGAGCUUUAGACAAAGAAAUCUGAGAAAUAUGUUGACAUGAAAAGCAACCAAAGUUCAAGUGUGAUUAAAAUCACUAUCUCAAGAGACUUUCCUGGUGAAAUAAAAGUUAAAAAGAAAUUAAAUUUAACAAGCAACUUAGGAAUAACUAGAUACAUCUACAUAGUCAUGGUCUACCUUAAACUUAAGUGUUUUAGCCAAAUCCCUUAAGGAAAAAAAAAAAUAAACAGGACAUUAUCUUGUGGAUCAAGGCGUUGCAGCUGUAUUUCUCACAAGUGUGACCUCACCAGUAGACAGCCUGCCAGUCUGAAGUUGGUGAUACACAGCAAUUUUUUGGGGCAAUGCGGAUGGGCAACACUUCCAGCGACCAGCAAACAAAGGUGAGACACAGAAGCAGAACCUGUCUCCCCAUUUCCCGAUGAUGUUUCGUGAUCGAAAUAACGAUGCUCAGGGCUUUUCCUUGAACACUGUUGCAUGACGCUCCAAAAAAUGACCCUGUCGUCACUGCCUUCAAUUUUCUUAACCAUACAAACACAGCAGAACACACGCAGACAGGAAUGUGUAAAAGGAAUUGUUUCUUAUUCUCGUUUUGCACCUUACCACUCCGAGAAGAUCCCUGCACACUGAUAAAGGUUUUUGUUUUCUUUUGAGUCACGAGAUGAGUUGACCUAUAUGCACGUUUUAUUUGUUUUGGUACCCAAAGACAAGCAGCAAGAAGCACAACAGUUAAUAGAACGACAUGGUUUUUUUGAACGCAUCUUCUAUUAACUUCUUCUUAUAUCUGACCCCACUAGUUCUUGCACUUUUGAGUAUUCAUAUCUACAACCUAAUGUAGUUGUACAUACGGUAUGCAUAUUAAGGUGUACAUAUGGAUUUGGUGUCCAUGUUAUUUCACUAUAUAGCCUACUUAUUACAGCACUUAAUGAAUCAACACUGGAGCAUAUACUAAUACAGUAGAAAGGUCAUGCCAAGUAGUAGCCAACUGAAUGACUUGCAAACAUCAAUGGAACAAAGUUGUAUACACAUUAUUUGCUGUAUUUUUUUUUUCAAAGGACUUAAUUUAUUUUUUCUUUUCUUUUCUCUCUCUUUUCUACAUAAUUUGUUCUACAAAUUAUUUUUCUAAUUGGUGCAUUUGAACUGUCUCCUCUUUGCCAAACAUCUCCGUACAUAGGCCUUGUAACUCGUAGCACUGAAAGCCGUCUUCUCUUUUGCUCACCUCCAGUUUGAAACAGUAACUUUUCCUUCUGCCAAAACGUAUCGUAAGUUGUUGUUGAACAUUGCACAAAAUACAAAAAUAUUAUAAGAGUUAUAUAGUUUGCGAGAGUAAUAUAUGCCUCUGUGUAUAGUAUCAUUUAACAUAAUCAGAAAGUGUACUGUAUAUUACAAUCACAUUCUUGUUGUAGCUGACAAGCACCUUUAUUAUGGGGUUUUUCCAGUAUUUGUACUCAUUCGCUUGGUCGUUCAGUGUUUUGAAGGUUUUCCGUGUGGCUCCUCGAGGAACACAUCACCAGCUAACACCAGAAAGUUUUCCAGCUGUAUUUUACAAUCUCUCCCUGAUAAUUCAUCUGUAAUCCAUUCUGUGUUUCCAUCUGCAUUUCCCAUCGUAUGGAAAACUCUCUGUAAUGACAGAUUUAGUUGACUGUCCUCCUCCAUUAAUCAGACCCCUGUGUUCCUAUGGUUUUGUUUUUCUGUCCGUCUCUCACCUGUAACCGUCACUGUCCCACCCAUGUCUGUGUGAAAUAAAGGAAGCACAUACUGUAUAAAUGAAACAGUACAUCAACCAUCAUGUGUAGCCUACAAGAGGCCAGCCUAACAAGAAGUAAUCACUACAUUUAUGUAAUCAAGGCAAAGGUAUGAUUGUAAAUAUUAAAGAAUUACACUAUGAA